ACGUUGGUUAAGCAGCUUGGAAGCCCAAUGCAUUGGAGAAACCAACCAAGCUUUAAGUGGUUUGUGAUCAAAUAUUGCGCCACUCUAUCAUCUAAUCCACACCGCCACUUUUGUAGACAGAAUCAUCAGGAAGGUGAAAAUGAGCCAAAUGAAAAUCGAAUCAUCACAGAAUGCAGCCCUAGCUAAAAAUAAGUCUGGAAAGAAAAGGUCUUCCAUAGCUGUUCGAUGGACACUACUUGAAGCUAAAGCUAUACGAAAACCACCAAAUUUUUGUAACAAGUAUAAAUGAAACUUUUUUGGGUUAAACGGCUUUUGCGGAUAUCAACUGUCGUAGUUACUUUGCUGCUUCUGCAAAGAACAAAUGCAGCCAUUCCCGACUGCGAUUAUUACGACACUGUGAAUAUUUCGGCAGCUCAAAAGCUACCGAAUGGAUCGUACUUAUUCGAGGGGUUGCUCGUUCCGGCCAACUUGACGGCCGAAUAUGAGUUUACGAUCCUACCGGACGACUCGAAGCAGAAGGUGGACAAACACAUUAGAGGAUGUGUGUGCCAGCUAAAGCCCUGUGUCAGAUUUUGCUGCCCCCACAACCACAUAAUGGAUAUGAACGUUUGCGCUGGAGAUAUGACCGAGGAGGAGCUGGAAGUACUCGAUCCUUUUCUUAACGUCACUCUUGACGACGGGUCGGUGGUCAGGAGGCAUUUUAAAAAAGAACUAAUCGUCCAGUGGGACCUACCGAUGUCGUGUGACGGAAUGUUCUCUCUAGACAACCGGGAAAAAACGGAUCAAUACACGUUGUUUGAGAACGGAAGUUUCUUUCGCCACCAUGACCGCGUCACCCUUAACAAACGGGAGUACUGCCUUCAGCAUCUUACCUUCGUAGACGGUAAUGAAUCGUCUAUUCGAAUUGCACCUCACAACUGCCUAAUAUCGCCAUCCAGAAUGGGUCAGACGGUUGUGAUGAUCACUUCGCUGGUAUGCAUGGUUCUAACGAUCACCGUUUACCUCUUCGUUAAGAAACUGCAAAAUUUGCACGGAAAAUGCUUCAUGUGCUACAUGGUGUGUCUCUUCAUGGCCUAUCUUUUACUUUUGCUCAAUCUGUGGCAGAUGUCCCAAAACUUUUGCAUAACAGCAGGUUUUCUGGGCUACUUCUUUGUCAUGGCCGCUUUCUUAUGGCUUUCCGUCAUCAGUCUGCACCUUUGGAACACGUUCAGCGGCUCGGCCCACAACGCGAAUCGCUUCUUAUCUGAGCAUCGGUUUCUGGCUUACAACACCUAUGCCUGGGGCAUGGCGGUGGUUCUGACUGGAAUCACCUAUCUGGCCGAUAAGGUCGUGGAAAACGAAGAUUGGAAUCCUCGUAUGGGCUUCGGCGGACACUGUUGGAUAUGUACCCAAAGCUGGUCAGCCAUGCUCUACUUUUAUGGCCCGAUGGUAUUUCUUAUUGCAUUUAACAUAACCAUGUUUAUCCUGACGGCUAAUCGUAUAAUAGGAGUGAAAAAGGAUAUUCAGAAGUUUGCCCACAGGCAAGAGAGGAAGCAGAAGCUGAACUCGGACAAACAGACUUACACCUUCUUCCUACGGCUCUUCAUUAUAAUGGGAUUGACGUGGAGCUUGGAGAUAGGCUCCUACAUUUCGCAAUUUAACCAAACUUGGUCCAACGUCUUUCUAGUGGCUGACUACUUAAAUUGGUCUCAGGGAAUCAUCAUAUUUAUACUGUUUGUACUGAAGCGCAGCACGUUGAGACUCUUGAUGGAGAGAACCGCCAUUAUGCCGAAGAAAAUCCAGCAGCCAGGCGGAUCCCUCUAUUGCGGAGUUACAUUGCUGGGCAUCCUGUGCUUGGUCGUGUUUCGUCUGAUUCCGGGGAUUCCUUUCGGCACCUAUGUGAUGGCCGAGAGAGACCACUACCACACCAUAGACGAUCCAAAUGUGCCCUGUAACUUCUACGACACGGUCAAUCUGACGGGUCAUACGGUCUUUCCGAACGGAAGCUAUGAUUACUACGGCACAAUAGUUCCUGCCGAAUUGGUCGGAACGUACGACUACAUACACAGUUCGCUAACGGAGCGCAUAGAGGUUCGGGAGCACGUGAGGGGAUGCGUCUGCAAGUUCAAGUCCUGUCUGAAUAUUUGCUGCCCGUGGCGACAGGUCUUCAACUCUGAAGUAGACGGAUGCAUAAUAGACCACUCGGACAACCGAAUGUGGCCAGAUCCGCCCAUGCUUAAUAUAACCUUCCGCAAUGAUUCCACGAUAUUGGUCAACAUGUUUGCGCAGUUUGCAAUCCAAAGCUUCCGACCCUGCCCCAAGAUGUUUUCCCUGCAGCCAGAGACCAGCCAUUGGGAUGAUUACCUACUUUUUGAGAACGGAUCCAUGCUCCGAGUGGACGACCAACAGCUAAUCAGGAAGAACGAGUUCUGCAUGGUUCCGACCUACGUCAACGAAUCUGACAUGUUCUACACCAUUCAUCCGGCUAACUGUGACAUGCAGGAUGAUAAUAGUACGGUAAAGAUUAUCAAUGCCUAUGCCAUGAUGUUCUCCAUUCCCUUCAUGAUGCUGACCAUAGCCGUUUACCUGCUGAUUCCCGAGCUCCGCAACCAGCACGGCAAGAGCUUGGUCUGCUAUUUAGUGGGUCUCACCGUGGGGUACACCUCGCUGUGCUACGUGCAACUCUAUCAGGUUGAUGCCACAGGUGAUGCAUGCAAGGUGUUUGGAUACACAGCCUAUUUCUUCUUCAUGGGAGCCUACAUGUGGCUAAGUGUCAUCAGCUUCGACUUGUGGCACAAUUUCCGAGGGACGAGAGGCAUUAACCGCUUCCAGGAGAAGAAACGCUUCCUAUUCUAUUCGCUGUACUCCUGGGGCAUUGCCGUAGUUUUCCUGGCCUUCACCUAUAUUGCCCAGGAACUUACCAACUUGCCAGCAUACCUUAAGCCAGGUAUUGGGGAUGGUGUAUACUGCUGGCUGGAUAUGAGCAACUGGGCUGCCAUGAUCUACUUCUACGGUCCCAUCCUGGUUAUCGUUGUCGCCAACACCAUCAUGUUCAUAAUGACGGCGAUCAAGAUUCACGGCGUGCAGCGCGAGAUGGCCCGGAUAAUUGCGAGUGAGAACAGCACCAAGAACCUACGUACUGAGAAGGACAAGUUCGGCUUGUUCCUGCGCCUCUUCCUCAUUAUGGGCAUCACCUGGCUCACGGAACUCAUUUCCUACUUCGUUGGCAACGACAAGGGGUGGUCUAAGCUCUUCUAUAUCUCGGAUCUGGCCAAUGCGAUGCAGGGCUUUCUCAUCUUUAUGUUGUUUGUGAUGAAGAAGAAGGUCAAGCACUUGAUUACAAACAGAUGCUCGAGUGUUCGCGAUGGCAGCAACCAACGUCAGAGCCAGUACUCCACCAAGACCACGUCGAGCAGCGUGGCCAAUCUGUCGCUGCACGAGAAGCCAUCGGUGGAGAAACCGCUAGUAAUCAGCUCGAGCGUGGAUCCUCAGAAAACCACCAUCUUCCGCUGAUCACUGCACAUCCAGUUGCCAUGGGCCGAUCAUUAAAUACACUGGAAAGUGAGCAGAUCAGGAAGGACUAAUCGCACCAAUAUUCAACUUGAUCGUCCUCGGAUUAUUGCGAACACUUCGUUCCUUUCUGUAGAUAAAGAUCACUUAUUCAUAUUUUAGGACCACCUAUUCCUAUCAUGAGAUUAUUCUGUAAUCAACAUUUAAAGUCGAUAUCUACUUUAUGAAAGACACUACUAUAAGAGAAAGUCCCCAUCCCCCAGAACUACCACGAAAGCCCUUACCCACCCUAUUCUCUUUCUUUUUAAAUGCCAUGUGACCACGAACAACCUGAUUAGUUGUAUAAGAAAGUUAUGCAGAGCCAUGUUUAGUAUUUAUGCAAGCAAAAUUAUAAGAUUCUCCAUUCACCUGCAGAGAAAUCAAAUUUGUAAUUCACCAUUAGCCUAAGUUCAAGGUAAACACCCAGCAUAUAUACAUACAUACGUAACAUAUAGAUGUGCCUUGUUAAAAAUGAGAUAUCUAUUAAUUGAUAACUGUAUACCUCUGCACAUACGUACCAUUCUCCAUAUCUGCAUUUUCUUUACUAAUGUAAUACAAAAUACAAGCAUUAUAAUUGUAUUUCAAGCUUAAUAAAGCCAAAGAUAAAACUGA